AAAAAAGCAAAAGUACCUAACACUGUUGAUGGAGUAGAUACAACAAAAAUGAAUAGAGAACAAUUAGAAAUUUAUGCUCACAAGAUUCUUGAGGAAAUGGAGCGUGAACGGGAGGAAAGAAACUUCUUCCAACUUGAAAGAGAUAAGAUUAGGACUUUUUGGGAAAUUACGAAACAUCAAUUAGAUGAAGCACAUGCAACUGUCAGAAAUAAAGAACGUGAAAAAGAAGAGUUAUCAGAAAAACAUGAAGCAGAACUCAAAUUAUAUAAGCAGAAAGUAAAACAUUUAAUGUACGAGCAUCAGACAAAUUUGUCAGAAACUAAAGCUGAACAUAUGGUUGCCCUUAAAAUGGCACAAGAUGAUCAUACUCUUCAAGAAAAUGAAUUAAUUAAAGAUAAAAGAGAAUUGAAACGAUUGCAAAAAGAACAGGAUUUAGCCCAUAUAAAUGAAAUAAAAGCAUUAAAAUUGCAACACAUGGAGGAUACAGAUAAACUAAUAAAACAAUUUGAAACUGAAGCUGCAGAAAUGGAACAAAAAUAUGAACAAAAAUUAACAAGCCAAUAUGAAUCUCUUACUUUAAAACAUCGUAUGGAAAUAACUGAAGUAGAAGAAAGAAAAAAUACGCAAAUUGCAAAUUUGAUAAAAAAUCACGAGAUUGCAUUUGCGGAAAUGAAAACGUAUUAUAAUGAUAUUACUCUCAACAAUUUGUCUUUGAUAAAGAGUAUGAAGGACCAAAUGGAUGAAAUGAGAAAUAACGAAGAGCGUAUGAAGAAACAAGUUCGAGAACUAACAACUGAAAAUAAAAAAUAUUCUGCCGAUAUAAAAAUGCAUGAAGAAUCCUUAGCGAAUUUUACUCGCCAACUUGCAAAUUAUGAAAAAGAUAAACAAAGUUUGAUCAAUACUAAGAAGAGAUUAGCGAUAACCAAUAAAGAUUUUGAGAACUUGAAAUGGGAGAAUGAAGUACUAGAAUUACGUUUCGAAAAAUGCCAGUCUGAAAGAAAUGAAUUACAUUCAAGAUUUGUCGCAGCAAUACUAGAAUUGCAACAGAAAACAGGCUUAAAGAACGUUCUUUUGGAAAAGAAACUUGAGAAAUUAUCGGAUUUAUUGGAACAGCGUGAAGCACAGAUUAGUGAAGUGCUUGCUGCUGCUCAAUUGGAUCCAAUGGCCGUUAUUAAUGCUAAUAAAAAAUUAGAGAAUAUGUUGAAUAGAAAAAAUAGCGCGAUACAAGAUCUGCAAUAUGAGUUGGCAAAAGUUUGUAAAGCGCAUGACGAUCUACUUCGAACGUACGAAGCUAAAUUACAAGAAUACGGGAUUCCAAAGAGCGAACUUGGUUUUCAGCCUCUGAAAGUGAAGGCAAUAACUGCGAAGUUGGGAUUAGGGCCUGCUGGUCUUGUUACCAUGAAUCAUUAG